CCAUUUUUCCCGUUCGACCCAGGGCUAAUCACGAAACGACGUCGUACGCAGACAUUCUUCUCCUCCCCAACUCCUCUUGUUGAUUGAUUUUGUCCCAAAUCUCUUUUGCUUCUGAAUUUUCGUGUUUCCAAUUCUAAAACCCUAUCGAUUAUUGGGCAAACACAUUGAUCAGAUCGGUGAUCGAACUGAACAGCUGGAAUAAGAGACGAUGGUGCUGAUAACGGCAGUUCGAGAUUACAUAAAUCGCAUGUUACAUGACAUUUCCGGCAUGAAAGUUCUCAUACUCGACUCUCAAACGGUCAGUAUUGUGAGUGUAGUGUAUUCACAGUCGGAGCUUCUUCAAAAAGAAGUGUUUCUGGUGGAACUUGUAGAUUCAAUAUCCAUGUCCAAGGAACCCAUGUCGCAUCUUAAAGCUGUUUAUUUUCUCCGUCCAACAUCUGAGAACAUUCAGCUCAUGAGGCGUCAGUUGACUACUCCUCGGUUCGGGGAGUAUCACCUCUUUUUCUCCAAUAUGUUGAAAGACACUCAACUUCACAACUUAGCAGAUUCAGAUGAGCAUGAAAUAGUUCAACAAGUGCAGGAGUACUUUGCAGACUUUGUUGCAGGUGAUGCCUAUCACUUCAGUCUUAAUAUUGCAUCAAACCACAUGUAUAUGCUCCCAGCUGUGGUGGAUCCAACAAGUUUACAGCACUUCUGUGACCGAGUUAUUGAUGGAAUUGCUGCCAUCUUCCUGGCUCUAAAACGAAGGCCUGUAAUUCGUUAUUCACGAACAUCUGAUAUUGCGAAAAGAGUAGCACAAGAAGCAUCGAAGUUGAUGUACCAACAGGAAAGUGGUCUUUUUGAUUUUCGACGAGCAGAAGUUUCUCCGUUAUUGCUGAUUGUUGAUAGACGAGAUGACCCUGUCACUCCCCUGCUUAACCAAUGGACAUAUCAGGCGAUGGUUCAUGAAUUGAUAGGUAUUCAAGACAAUAAAGUGGACCUCAAGAACAUUGGAAAGUCAUCAAAGGAUCAACAGGAGGUUGUACUGUCUUCAGAGCAAGAUGCAUUUUUCAGAGCUAACAUGUAUGAGAAUUUUGGAGAUAUUGGAAUGAAUAUUAAAAAAAUGGUGGAUGAUUUCCAACAAGUUGCAAAAAGUAAUCAGAAUAUACAAACAAUAGAGGAUAUGGCUAAGUUUGUUGACAACUACCCAGAAUACAGAAAAAUGCAUGGCAAUGUUUCCAAGCAUGUGACAUUGGUUACUGAAAUGAGUAGGAUUGUUGAAGAACGAAAACUAAUGUUAGUUUCACAAACAGAACAAGAAUUAGCUUGCAAUGGUGGGCAAGGGGCAGCAUUUGAGGCUGUUACAAAUCUGUUAAAUAAUGAAAAUGUAUCUGACAUUGACCGUCUACGCCUCGUCAUGCUGUAUGCUCUGCGAUAUGAGAAGGAAAGUUCUGUUCAGCUGAUGCAGUUAUUCAACAAAUUGGCAUCCCGGACUCCCAAGUAUAAACCAGGGCUUGUGCAGUUCCUACUAAAGCAAGCCGGGGUUGACAGGCGAACCGGGGAUCUCUAUGGAAAUAGAGAUCUGCUUAAUUACGCACUUAACAUGGCUCGUGGUCUUAAAGGUGUGGAGAAUGUGUACACCCAGCACCAGCCUCUGCUAUCUCAAACAAUGGAGAGCAUCGUUAAAGGACGUUUGAGAGAUGUGGACUACCCUUACGUUGGAAAUCAUUUCCAGCAAGCUAGGCCACAGGAUGUGAUAAUUUUCAUUGUUGGAGGGACUACUUACGAGGAGGCACGAUCUGUUUCUCUACAAAAUUCUACGAAUUCCGGAAUUCGUUUCAUCCUUGGUGGUUCUGCAGUUCUAAGUUCCAAAAGGUUUUUAAAGGAGCUCGAAGAAGCGCAAAGAAUUGCUCGGACAAGUAGUAACGUGAUAUGAGAAUUCGACGACCAUUUUACCUCACGUAAGAUGUAAAUUAGCCCUAUCAGAGCAUUUUUCAUUGUUCGGCAAGUAGCUAUUUCUUGGUCAAUACUGUACAGAAGCUACAUAAUUGAUGAUAACACUAGCCAAUCGAUUUUGUUUCUCGCCCAGACUGAGGUACGGCUAAAACCCCGAGAUACGAACGAAAAUGUCGACACUGUUAAAUAUACGAUGUCAAUUAUGUGUAUGUAGUUUAUAAUUGUGAAAUUGCUGGUUUCGUGUUUAUACAACCUUUUAUGUGGUAAAAUUCAAAUAAGACAUUGAGAUUUAUUUAUGUAUGAUUUUUGGUGGAAUUACCAUAUUGCCAUUGAUUGAUA